AUGCCGACGGCCUUCCACUACAACUCCGCGCUUCGCGCCUGCGGCCUCGACGAGCAGUGGCAGCGCGCGCUCGACCUCCUCCGCCAGCUUGCCCAGGCGGGGCUGGAGGCGGGCGCCGCGGGCCUGGUCUCCGCCAUGAGCGCGUGCGGGACGGGUGAGCAAUGGCAGCAGGCCUUGUGGCUGCUCAGUGGCACACGGCCGAGCGAGCUGGAGCUGAAUGUCGCCGGCUGCAGCGCGGUGGUCGGCGCAUGCGGCCCCAGCGGGCAGUGGCGGCGCGCGCUGCAGCUGUUCGGACGGCUGCGGCGAACGCGUGUUGAGCCCGAUCGGGCCUCGUGCAGCAGCGCCGUGGCCGGCGUGUGCGGCACGCCCGCGCAGUGGUGGCGGGCGCUGUCGCUGGUCAGAGGGGCGCUGGAGGCGAGGCUGCUGCCGACGGCCCCCAGCUGCGACGCCCUGGUCAGCGCCUGCGGACUGGGCGGGCAGUGGGAGCGCUCGGUGUCCCUGCUCUCCACGUCCAGGGCGCUCAGGGAGCCCGGGCAGGCCGCCGCCGGCCAUGCCGCCGCCGUCAGUGCCUGCGGGCUUGGGGGGCAGUGGCGGCGCGCGCUGCAGCUGCUCGGCGAGGCGCGAUCCGAGCGGCUGGAGCCGGAUGCGGCUGGGAGGGCGAACGCGAUCUACAGUGCGGCGAUCGGCGCGUGCCGGAGGGGCGCGCGGUGGCAGCAGGCGGCGUGGCUGCUCGCGGAGAUGCAGGCGCGCAGGCUGGUGCCGCGGGUGAGCAACUACUGCUCUGUCAUGCGAGCCUGCGAGGCGAGCGGGCAGUGGGAGCAGGUCGUCCUGCUGCUCGGCGAGCUGGGGGAGCUGAGACUGGAGCCGAACGGUCUCGUCCAGUGCAUCGCGCUGCGCGCGCACAAGAGCAGCGGGCAGUGGCAGCAGGCGCUGCGUUUGCUUGGCGAGAUGCGCCAGGCGAGACUGAGUCGCCGCGCCACCAGCUACCAGGAUGCAAUCAGCGCUUGCGGGAACAGCGGGCAGUGGCAGCACGCGCUGUGGGUUUUCGGCGAGUCGUGUCGAGCGAGCGUUGAGCCAACUGCGGCCAGCUACACCGCUGCCAUCAGCGCCUUUCAGAGAGGCCGCUGUUGGCAACACUCGUUGUGCUUAUUCGAGGAUAUGCUGAAUGCGAGGUUGCAGCCCACGGUCGCCAGCUACGCCGCCGCGACUGGAGCCUUGGAGAGUGGUGCAAGGUGGCAAGAGGCACUACAGCUGCACAGCAAUAUGUUUCAAGCACAUUUGGAGCCAGAUGCUUUUAGCUACAGCACUUUGGUCUGCUCUGCGAGAAGGCAGUGGCAGCAUGCAUCGUGGCUUUUCGGUCGCAUGUCUCAUGUGAAUUUGGAUCCCAACGUGGUCAGCUGCAACUGCGCCAUCAGUGCAUACGAGAAAGUGGGGCGGUGGCAGCAAACUGUACAUUUGCUUCAGGAGAUGUGGCACACAGCGGUGGAGCUGGACGCCAUGGCCUAUCACACUGCUCUCAGCGCUUGCGAAAAAGGCGGGCAGUGGCAGCAGGCGUGUUGGCUGCUUGGCGAGCUGAGGCGGACAAGACUGGAGCUAGACGUCGUCAGCUACAUGAUCACGAUAAGCGCGUGUGGGAACAAGAGACAGUGGCAGCAAGCGCUCUGGCUGGUGGACGAGCUCCAGCGCCUCAACGUGGCGCCAACCAUGGGCCUCUGCAAGUCCACGAUCAACGCUUGCGGGAACAGCGCGCAGUGGCAGAGGGCGCUGCGCGUGCUGACAGAGUUCGGGCAGGCGAGACUGGAGCCGACGGCCAGCAUCUUCAGUGCUGCGAUAGCCGCGUGCAGAAGAGCCGGGCACUGGCAGCAUAACGCGCUGCUGCUUGACCAGCUGAGGCAGGCGGAGCUGGUCGCGGCCGGCGUGCACGAGGACGACGGUCAGUGGCAGCAGGCGCUCUGGCUGCUCGGGCGGCUGUGGAGGGCGAGGCUGGAGCUCACGACGGUCAGCUGCAGCACCGGGGUCCGCGCGUGCGACAGGGGCGGGCUGUGGCAGGAAGCGCUGUGGCUGCUCGCCGAAUCGAGGCGCGCCAAGCUGCAGCUGGCAGCCGUCACGCUGCAACGCUGCGAUAAGCGCUUGCGGGAAAGCUGGGAAGUGGCGGUACGCGAUGCGGCUGUUCAGGGUGCUGCGGCGGAAGGCCCUGGAGCCAGCUCGGCUGCAGCUCCGCGAUCGGGGCGUACGCGGCAAGCGGGCGGUGGCAGCUGGCGCUGCUGUUGCUGGGCGGCCUGUGCAGGGCGAGGCUCGAGCUGGCCGAGAGCACGCGGGCCGCCGCGGUCGGCGUGUGCGACGCAGGCCGGCGCUGGGAGCAGUCGGCGCUGCUGAUGGACGGGCUGAGGCGCGCG